AUGGCAGCUGGCAGCAGCUCUGCAACAGAAAGAGAUGACGAGCAGGAUGUGUCACUAACGCUCCAGCUCAUGUUUCGAAGGAAGAGGGAACACUCUUUCCUCAUGGAGUCCCGAGCGGGCAAGAGGCUGACCUCCCUGGCUGAAAUGGCGAGCCUCCUGCCAGGAGCAGGAGAGCUGAAGACCAAUGGUGACCGCUGGUGGCAACAACUCAUAACCUAUGAAACACCCAAAGAUAAAACAGAAGACAAGGAACAGAAAGAGAAUGAGGCUCAAACCCGCACCGAAACACCUACUACAAAACUCACUGAAAGACUCACUGAAAAACGCACUGAAGAAAUCACCACUGAAGAACCCUUUGAAGACCACACCAAUCAUUUUCAAACUUUAAAUGCAACACCACCAGGGGACGAGAUCAGUGAAGAAAAAGACCAAUUAUUUAACCCAAUUCCAAGCUCUGAUGUGAACCUUGGGAGCAAAGAAACAAUGGAAGAGUUAGAGGAUAUAAAGUUAAAAUUAAUGCUGGGCAUUUCAUUGAUGAGCCUCUUCCUUUUCCUCACCCUCUUGACACUCUGUUGUGCCACGUUGUACAAACUGAGGAAGCUAAGUUCUAAAAGUGAAUGUGAUGAAAGUCAAUACUCAGUCAACCCAGAGCUGGCAGAGAUGUCUUACUUUCAUCCAUCUGAAGGUGUAUCAGACACAUCUUUUUCUAAAAGUGCAGAGAGCAGCACGUUUUGGGGCAACAAUUCUUCAGAAUUUAGAAAAUCAGGCCCAAGAAAGUCAAAAUCUAAAAGUAUGACAGAUAUGGUUUCCACAGGUUCGGAUGAUAUAGGUGCAUACGAUGAGCCAUAUGGAAGUGAGGAACUGAAUGAGGGAAACCCCACUUAUUAA